AUGGCGUUGCGAGCAGCUACGCGAGUGAUGUUAGCGGCGCCGAGGGGGGGGAGCUCGUCACUGUCGACAUUGCGGUUCAGCUCGAGCACGAGGAUCGCUCAACAGUACCAGCGCUCACUGGUGGGAUCGACGGCAUGGUCGACAUCCACGUUGGGAUGCUCGAUCGCACAAUCUGCAUCUCCUUGUGCUCGAUCACGGUGGAUGCAUACUUCUACCUCUAACAGCUCCAAGUCCACCGAUCACACGUCGCAAUCCAGCACGCAAUCCGAGUCGCCAGACUCAGACUCACCGCCACCGAAAGCGUCGUUUCGAGAACGACUCAAGUUCCUAACACGACGCUACGGCUGGUGGGCACUAGCAGUCUACCUAGCCGCUUCCACCGUCGACCUUUCGCUCAUCUUCCUCGCCAUCCAUCUGCUCGGUGCCGACCACAUCCAAUCUCUCGAAUCGUCUCUCCGCAAAUCGAUUGGCUUGGAAGAACGAACGGAUAACGCGAACCCUCCUCGUGGAUCAAGCACCAUAUGGACCGAAGCCGUCCUCGCAUACACGAUCCACAAAACGCUCCUCCUUCCCGUCCGUGUCGCAUUCACUGCUGCUGUCACCCCAAGCUUCGUAAAAUGGCUCGUCAAGAUCGGCUGGGCAAAGGCAAAUCACCACGUCAAAGCUCAGGUCGGAAGAAAGGCCGCAGAAAAGGCCAUCCAAGACGUAGUCAAGCGCAACGCUGCAGCGAACAAGGCGCAACAGAUAAGCAAGCAUCAAUAG